CUUGUCGGAGUUCUAGUAAUCAAAAUGACAGCAGAGAAAUCCGGCCUAGUGAUUAGCAAAGUCAAGCUCGCAGUGGCUGGCGUGGUGGUUGUUGGACUUGUAAUAGGAUCAGGUCUCAUCGGUCACUUUGCGUUUCCUUAUGAACCGUCUAAUGAUUCCGACACUCCGCUGACUUCGGGUAACCCGGAAGUGACGACACCAGUACCUCCUGAGGAGGUCACCGACUUUCGCCUCCCGACGAGUUUGACCCCAACCCACUACAAGGUCGAACUCAGGCCGUUUGUCAACGGAAACUUCUCCAUUUUGGGUCGAGUAGUGGUCGAUAUCGAAGUCAAAGUCGACACCUCCAACAUCACGAUCCAUAUGGCUGAUAUGAUCACGUUUAAUGACACCAUCAAGGUAACUCACAACGGCAAUCAAGUGGCCAUAACAGAGCACACCUACGAUCCCAUCAGAGAGUUUUACGUAGGUCACCUGGAAGAGAAGAUUACCGGAGGUGAGAAUAUCACUUUGGAGAUGUCGUUCCAGGCCUAUUUGAACGACCAGAUGCGAGGCUUCUACAGGUCUUCUUACGUGAAUUCCACUGGAAGUAAAGUGUACUUAGCAGGAACGCAGUUUCAGGCAACAGACGCGCGUAGAGCAUUCCCUUGCUUUGACGAGCCUGCCCUGAAGGCAAAAUUUACAGUCUCCCUGGCGCGAGAAAAUACGAUGACAACUCUUUCCAAUAUGCCUCUCAACCGAUCUGAGGAAAUAGACGAUACCUGGGUUUGGGAUCAUUACGAAACAUCAGUGCCAAUGUCUACCUACCUUGUGGCUUUUCUGGUCUCGAAUUUUGAGUAUCAAGCUGCACCUGGAGAUGACACCUUCAAGGUAUGGACGAGACCUGAAGCUCUGCCGCAGGCAGACUACUCGCUGGAAGUUGGUCCAAAAGUUCUCAGUUCCUUCGAAAAAUAUUUUGACGUUCAAUACACAUUGCCCAAACUGGACAUGGUGGCCAUUACCGAUUUUGAAGCAGGUGCCAUGGAAAAUUGGGGAUUAAUUCUAUACAGAGAGACUGCCAUGCUUUAUGAUAAAACCUUGUCCUCGGCAUACAACAAGCAAAGAGUAGGCCUGGUGAUCACUCACGAAUUGGCCCACCAGUGGUUUGGGAAUCUUGUGUCUCCAGCUUGGUGGGAAGAUCUGUGGCUCAAUGAAGGAUUCGCUACUUACAUGGAGUUUGUUGGGCUGGAAGAUGCUGAACCUACUUGGAACAUGGGAGAACAGUUUUUGAUUGAUUCUCUUCACGAAGCCUUGACUAUCGACAGCCUGGAGUCGUCUCAUGCAAUUCGAUUCCCCGUUGGGCAUCCGGAUACCAUCUAUGAGAUAUUCGAUGCCAUUACUUAUUCCAAAGGUGCAUCUUUAGUACGAAUGAUGGAGCAUUUUUUGACAAACAGAAUAUACAAGCAAGGACUUAUUAAAUACAUAAAAGACUUCCAAUUCAAAGCUGCAUCCCAAGACGACCUUUGGCAGUACUUAGAUGAAGCUGCCCAAGGAACCCUUCCCGCGUCAGUAAAGGAUAUCAUGGACACCUGGACACUCCAGAUGGGAUUCCCGGUCCUUACUGUCACAAGGUCAGGCACUGCCUUCACUGUAUCUCAGAGUCGCUUUCUGCUCUUUGAAUCUGGACUAAGCCAGGACGAGCACAACUACUCGUGGUGGAUACCAAUCUCGUACACGUCCCUCCAAAAUCCAGACGUGACCCAGACGGGACCCAAACAAUGGUUGGCUGCAAAUGAAACCGAGAUCGUAAUAACAGUAGACGGUCUUUUGGCCGGCGACGGAAUUCUGAUCAACGUCCAAGCAACUGGAUACUACAGGGUAAACUAUGACGAGAGCAGUUGGGCUGGAAUCAUCACUAAUCUCAAAGGAACCGCAGGAAUACCCACCAAGAUCCCUGCCACUAACAGAGCCCAGCUGAUCGACGACGCAAUGGCGCUUGCGCAUGCAGGUAAGCUGAAAUACGAAACAGCCCUCGACCUCACCAAAUACUUGUAUGAAUUCAACGCUGAAGACCAAUACGUCCCAUGGAGCAUUGCCAGGUCGAACUUCGCCUUCCUGGAGAUGAUAAUGCGACGAUCGGAUGAGUACGAACUUCUGCAGACGUACAUACGAAAGCUUAUUGAAAAGCUGUAUGAAUCCGUUGGUUUUGAAUCGAAGCCGGACGAUACACACUUGGUACAUCUCAAGCGAUCGAUGGUUGUGGCGUGGGCUUGCGAGCAUGCAGUUGCAGACUGUGAAAGUAAAGCAGUUGCUAAAUUUAGCGCCUGGAUUAAGGAUUCUACGAGUUACAUCGACCCAAACAUCAAAACGACCGUCCUGGUGCACUGGGAUAGCUAAGGGCACCUUAGCAGACUGGGAUGCGUUAUUUGAGAGAUACCGAAACUCCAACGUCGCAGCCGAGAAAGAUCAGAUAAUGGCAGCCCUUGGAUGCUCGCAAGAUGCUUGGAACUUGUAUAGGUAUCUGGAACGAACUUUCACGGAAGACUACGGAAUUCGAAAGCAGGACGCAAGGUUCGCCUUCAGGGCUGUAGCUACGAACAGCAUCGGAAAUCCUCUGGCGUGGAGUUACCUGAAGGGAAAUUUGGGACAUAUUUCAAAUUA